CGAGCGUCGCCAACAGGUUGCACCGUUCCCCGCGGCCGCGGCGCGGGCCCUCGGGCGGGGAGCGGCCGGGGGCGGAGUGGGAGCGCGUGUGAGCCAGUGUGUGCGCGCCGUGGCGCCGCCUCCGCCCGCCCCCCGCUCGGUCCCGCUCGCUCGCCCAGGCCGGGCGGCCCUUUCCCGUGUCCGUGCUCCCUCCCCUCCGCCGCCGCCUCCUCCAUUUUGCGAGCUCGUGUCUGUGACUGGAGCCCGAGUCGAGUCACCACCGCCCGCCCGUCGGGGACGGAUUCAGUGGGUGGAAGGAGACGCGGCAGCCGGAGCAGCGGGGCGCCGGGACGGGGGACGCGCGCCCGGGAGCCCGGACCCGCGGAGACGAGCGCGGGGCGGAGGGCCGGCUUGUCAGUGGGGAAAUGGGAGACUUUCUUCAGUAGGGGCGCUCCCCUCCCCCCAUGGAGAAGGGGGCGGCUGUUUACUUCCUUUUUUUUAGAGAAAAUUAUUUCUCUUCUGCUCCUCCUGCGUUCACACGCUAAGUUGUUUAUCUCGGCUGCGGCGGGCGCUGCGGACGGCGGCGGGUGAGCGGCGCCGCUGCCCGAGCUGAUAUUAACUUAUGGACUGCAAAGAAUCAUUAACUCCUCCCAGUAGAGAAGAAAUCCCCAGCAGCCUGCUUAGUCAGGAGAGGGGAAAUGUGAUGGAUAUCUAUAAAACCCUAAGGGGAGGAGCUACUGUGAAGGUUUCUGCGUCUUCACCCUCACUGGCUGUUGCUUCUCAGUCUGACUCUAAGCAGCAAAGACUUUUGGUUGAUUUUCCAAAAGGCUCAGUAAGCAAUGUGCAGCAGCCAGAUCUGUCUAAAGCAGUUUCACUCUCAAUGGGACUGUAUAUGGGAGAGCCAGAAACAAAAGUGAUGGGGAAUGACCUGGGAUUCCCACAGCAGGGCCAAGUCAGCCUUUCCUCUGGGGAAACAGACUUUCGGCUUCUGGAAGAAAGCAUCGCAAACCUUAAUAGGUCGACCAGCCUUGCAGAGAACCCUAAGAGUUCAGCAUCUGCUGCUGCUUCUGCUGCCUCCACAGAGAAGGAGUUUCCAAAAACUCUCUCUGAUCCGUCUUCAGAGCAGCAAAAUUUGAAGGGCCAGACUGGUACCAAUGGUGGCAAUGUGAAGUUAUAUACCACAGACCAAAGCACUUUGGACAUUUUGCAGGAUUUGGAGUUUUCUUCUGAGUCCCCAGGUAAAGAGACGAGUGACAGUCCAUGGAGAUCAGAACUGUUAAUGGAUGAAAACUGUUUGCUUUCUCCUUUGGAAGGAGAGGAUCCAUUCCUUUUGGAAGGAAACUCGAAUGAGGACUGUAAGCCUCUCAUUUUACCGGACACUAAACCUAAAAUUAAGGAUAAUGGAGAUACGAUCUUAUCAGGCCCCAACAGUGUACCACUGCCCCAAGUGAAAACAGAAAAAGAAGAUUUCAUCGAACUCUGCACCCCUGGGGUAAUUAAGCAAGAGAAACUAGGCCCAGUUUACUGUCAGGCCAACUUUUCUGGAGCAAACAUUGGUAAAAUGUCUGCCAUUUCUGUUCAUGGUGUGAGCACCUCUGGAGGACAGAUGUACCACUAUGACAUGAAUACAGCCUCCCUUUCGCAACAGCAGGAUCAGAAGCCUAUUUUUAAUGUCAUUCCACCCAUUCCUGUUGGUUCAGAAAAUUGGAAUAGGUGCCAAGGAUCUGCAGAUGACAACUUGACUUCCUUGGGGACUUUGAACUUCCCUGGUCGAUCGGUUUUUUCUAAUGGCUAUUCAAGCCCUGGACUGAGACCAGAUGUAAGCUCUCCUCCAUCUAGCUCCUCAACAACAACGGGACCACCUCCCAAACUCUGCCUGGUGUGCUCAGAUGAAGCUUCCGGAUGUCAUUAUGGAGUUUUGACUUGUGGAAGCUGUAAAGUAUUCUUCAAAAGAGCAGUGGAAGGUAGACAGCACAAUUAUCUUUGUGCUGGAAGAAAUGAUUGCAUCAUUGACAAAAUUCGAAGAAAGAACUGCCCAGCAUGCCGCUACAGAAAAUGUCUUCAAGCUGGAAUGAAUCUGGAAGCUCGAAAAACAAAGAAAAAAAUAAAAGGAAUCCAGCAGGCUACAACAGGGGUGUCUCAAGAAAAUUCUGAAAAUCCUUCCAACAAAACAAUAGUUCCUGCAACAUUACCACAACUCACUCCUACGCUCGUGUCACUGCUGGAGGUCAUUGAACCUGAUGUGUUAUAUGCAGGAUAUGAUAGCUCUGUUCCAGACUCAACUUGGAGGAUCAUGACCUCACUCAACAUGUUAGGGGGACGGCAAGUAAUUGCAGCAGUGAAAUGGGCAAAGGCAAUACCAGGAUUCAGGAACUUGCAUCUGGAUGACCAAAUGACCCUCCUGCAGUACUCGUGGAUGUUUCUCAUGGCAUUUGCCCUGGGAUGGAGAUCAUACAGACAAACAAGUGCAAACAUGCUGUGUUUUGCUCCUGAUCUGAUUAUUAAUGAGCAAAGAAUGAGUCUACCCUGCAUGUAUGACCAAUGUAAACAUAUGCUGUAUGUUUCCUCUGAAUUACAAAGGCUUCAGGUAUCUUAUGAAGAGUACCUCUGCAUGAAAACCUUACUGCUUCUCUCUUCAGUUCCUAAGGAUGGUUUGAAGAGUCAAGAGCUAUUUGAUGAAAUUAGAAUGACCUACAUCAAAGAGCUAGGAAAAGCUAUUGUCAAGAGAGAAGGAAACUCCAGUCAGAACUGGCAGCGAUUUUAUCAACUGACGAAACUCUUGGAUUCCAUGCAUGAAGUGGUUGAAAAUCUCCUUAACAUUUGCUUCCAAACAUUUUUGGAUAAGACCAUGAGUAUUGAAUUCCCAGAGAUGUUAGCUGAAAUCAUUACAAAUCAGAUACCAAAAUAUUCAAAUGGAAAUAUCAAAAAACUUCUUUUUCAUCAAAAGUGACUGCCUUAAUAAGAAAGGUUGCCUUAAAGAAAGUUGAAUUUAUAGCUUUUAUUGUACAAACUACCAGUUUGUCCUGUAGAGGUUUUGUUGUUUUAUUUUGUAUUUUUUGUUUUUGUCUGUUUUGUUUUAAAUACGCACUACAUGUGGUUUAUAGAGGGCCAAGACUUGGCAACAGAAGCAGUUGAGUCAUCACUUUUCAGUGAUGGGAAAGUAGAUAGUGAAAUUCAUUAGCUGGUCUAUCCCAGAAAAUAGAAACAGUAACGUGGAAGUAAUCGCCACUGUCAGAGAAGGAUGGCACCUAAACCACCAGUGCCCAAAGUUUGUGUGAUGAACUUUCUGCUCAUACUUUUCACAGUUGGCUGGAUAAAAUUUUCUAGACUUUUUUGUUGGUGUAUUUUCCCCUGUAUAGUUAGGAUAGCAUUUUUGAUUUAUGCAUGGAAACCUGAAAAAAGUUUACAAGUGUAUAUCAGAAAAGGGAAGUUGUGCCUUUUAUAGCUAUUACUGUCUGGUUUUAACAAUUUCCUUUCUAUUCAGUGAACUACGCUUGCUCAUUUUUUCUUACAUAAUUUUUGUAUUCAAGUUAUUGUACAGCUGUUUAAGAUGGGCAGCUAGUUCAUAGCUUUCCUAAAUAAACUCUAAACAUUAAUCUUCGGUGUGAAAAUGGGUUGGUGCUUCUAACCUGAUGGCACACAGCUAUCAGAAGACCACAAAAAUUGACUCAAAUCUCCAGUAUUCUUGUCAAAAAAAAGCUCAUAUUUUGUAUAUAUCUGCUUCAGUGGAGAAUUAUAUAGGUUGUGCACAUUAACCGUCCUAAGUGGUAUAUAGCACCUAGUCCAGUGACCUGCUGGGUAAACUGUGGAUGAUGGUUGCAAAAGACUAAUUUAAAAAAUAAUAACUACAAAGAGGCCCCGUUUGUACCUAAUGCCCUUCUCUACAAUGGUUAGAUAGCAAGAAAGUUGGUAAACUGCUUUUCGGGACCUUUUGUAGUAGCUUGCGUAACUUCUUAAAAGUUAUGAUUCCAGAUAAGCUGUGACUCAGCUGAGAGAUUUUUAAUCAGAGCAAGUAAUCCCCCUAAGUAAAAUUUACCCCAAAACUAAAUCUCUAAUAUGACAGAAGAAAAGUGGCUAGAUACCCAUUUUCACAUUCCCAUCUGUCACCAAUUGGUCAAUCUUUCCUGGUGGUACAGGAAAGAAAGCUCAGCUACUGAUUUCUGUGAUUUAGAACUGUAUGUCAUACAUCCCUGUUUGUAAAACUAUACAUCCCUACAUGUGCCAUAGAGUUUAACACAAGUCUUGUGAAUUUCUUCACUGUUGAGAAUUAUCAUUUUAAACAAAAUAGAAGCUGUAGUAGCCCUUUCUGUGUGCACCUUACCCACUUUCUGUAAACUCAACAUAUUUACUAAGCCACAAGAAAUCUGAUUUCUAUUCAAGGUGGCCAAAUUAUUUGUGUAAUAGAAAACUGAAAAUCUAAUAUUAAAAAUAUGAAACUUCUAAUAUAUUUUUAUAUUUAGUUAUAGUUUCAGAUAUAUAUCAUAUUGGUAUUCACUAAUCUGGGAAGGGAAGGGCUACUGCAGCUUUACAUGCAAUUUAUUAAAAUGAUUGUAAAAUAGCUUGUAUAGUGUAUAAUAAGAAUGAUUUUUAGAUGAGAUUGUUUUAUCACGACAUGCUAUAUAUUUUUUGUAGGGGUCAAAGAAAUGUUGAUGGAUAACCUAUAUGAUUUAUAGUUUGUGCAAGCAUUCAUACAGGCAACAACGGUCUCAGAAACCAAAUAGGUUUCCUCUAGGGGAAGAGGGAGAUGAAGACUGCCCUGUAUGCAGCGAAGGUUGCUGAGGCUCUGACCCGAUCAUCAGAUUAGAGAGGAAGUAAUCCUCUGCCUCCCAUUCUGACCACCUUCUCAUUCCAACAGUGAGUCUGUCGGCACAGGUUUAGUGUACUCAACUGUGUAAAUGGGGGACAGAAAGGUGGUGUUAGCAUAUCUAUAGGCACCAUCUAAUAACGGGGUUAUUUUCACAUAUGGCUUCUCCAACAAGUAAAUGAAAACAGAGGCUUCAGGAGUUUGGCAAUAAUACACAGAGGUACCAGCAAUAUGUAAAUAGUGCAGAAUUUCACAGGUUGCCAAUAAUACACUAAUUCCUUUCUAUCCUACAGUAAGAGUUCAUUUCAAAAAAAAAAAAAAAUAGGACAUGUUUUCUGUUUUCUUUGAA